AGUUCAGGCUUUGUUCAGCAAAAUGCCGGUGCAAGUGCUACGGCCGCCUCGUGUCGAGCGUAUAAUGUGGAGAUAUUUGUAAUUAAAUCCGACGAUAGCCGUCGCCUCUGCCGCGGUUCGUCCGCCUACCUGCUUCAAGAUCAUAUCGACGUUUGUUCGUUCGCAUGUUCUUCGCGUACCUACACGCGUGGAUCGACGUGCUCGCUUAAUGAUCUCGCAGUUUCUGAAGCGUCUGCGACGUCCGAUUAUGAUGACGUCGAUGACCGAUUGUGGAAAUAAUCGUGUAGCCACACAGGCGACGAGAGCUGUGAACUCUGUUCUGUACACCAUGCGAAUAACGAAUACUGUUGCCAUCGCGAACUGCCCGCUGCAGUGUCACUUGAAGACGUUCAGCAGCUUAUGAACCAGUUCGCUGAAAGUACGAAAUCACUGAGCUUCCUGGAAUGGGUACACGAAAAACAGAUAGUCAGGAUGCAGACCCGAUCCGAAUGGUUUCUGUCCCCGGACUUUGUCUCUAAACACAACGGAGACAGCGGAUGUCUGUCUACAUUUCGUCCGUUUGAGUUCUCGUCCUUGAACGUUAGAAAUGUUGCUCGGAAGGACGUCAGUAGUCGAUCAGAGAUCGCCCGGCGACUUAGCUGGCGAAAACACGGUGUUCGUCGCCCGUCGUCCACCUCCAAUAUGUACAGAUUGAUGAAGACUAAUUCCUCUCUAGAUAAGAAUUCCCCUUUGGUGCCGCUGUUACCACAUUCACCCUCUCAGGUGUGUAACUUUUUUGAAACGUCAGCUGAAGUCGGUCGCUAA